UAACGAUUCAUCGACUGCAAUGAGAGCCUUUCAUCCCACACCCAACACUCGGGCAGUAGCAGAUUCCACGAGCUCUCUUCUAUCAAGGUCUGAAACGCGGCGUAAAGUAAGACGCAUGUCGUAAGACCCCCGCAGCCGAACGCAACCUGCCACAUGCACCCGACAGCACCUUACCUUACUCAUCGCACCUUUGCGGCCAGACUCUUUCAAUUAGCCUCGAUAUUCGAUGUUUCCGUCGAGAUGGUGUUCAAACAAAUCACAAGUCUCGUUUUGCAGACAUCUUCCUGGCUGCAGAACCAAAGUCCCCUUCGCAGCGCAAUUCAGACUUCUUCGCACAGUUUCGAAUGGGAUAAUGCUGCGGCUCACUCCCACUUCGUCUGGCACGAUUGUUAUGAUGACUUCAAGUGCGCUCGCCUGCAGGUGCCGAUGGACUGGCUCGGGACCUCCAAUGAACGCAACAAGACCGUUGAGAUAGCUGUUAUCAAAGUGGAAGCCACGGUUCCGGUGACGGACGAGACGUACGGAGGCGCCGUUGUACUGAAUCCAGGCGGUCCCGGCAACUCUGGCAUUUCUCAGGUGCUCAAAGGAGGAAAGGCCGUGAGGACAAUCCUCUCGGCCGGUCCUGAAGCGAACAAGAGCUCUGAAAAGCAUUUCGAUGUCAUCGGUUUCGAUCCUCGAGGCGUGAAUCAUUCACGACCAGCACUGACCUGUUUUGCCAAUGAGAAUGAAGCCACAGCGUGGAAGAUCGAACAGAUCGCAAAUGGGCUGAUUGGCACAUCAGAUACUGCCUACGAUCGUGUCUGGGCGAGUCAGCGAGCAAUGGCGGAAGGCUGCAGCAAACGAGCGGCGGCAAAUGGGAUCGCUCACCACAUGGCAACGGCGUCAGUGGCCCGAGACAUUGUGGAAAUAUUCGAGAGGCAUGGCCAGUGGCGUGAUGCAGAAGCGAGGCGCUUAUUGAACCUAGAACGGCCGACGGGCCGCGAAAGGCGUAACACUCUCAAGCGUACUGCUUAUGUCGCUGGGAAAGAGAAGGUGCAGUACUGGGGUUUCUCUUACGGUACCAUUCUCGGCGCCACGCUCGCGGCUAUGUACCCAGACCGAGUCCAUCGGGUAGUUUUGGAUGCUGUGGCAGACGCUCACGAUUACAUGCGCGCCGGGUGGACUUCAAAUCUAUUCGAUACCGACCAGAUUGCGGACAAACUGGCGAAAUACUGUUUCGAGGCAGGCGCCGAACAUUGUCCACUCUACGACUCUCGUGGACCCGCCGCUAUCAUGGACAAGCUGCCAGCCACAAUGGCCAAGCUGGCUGCAAAUCCCGUUGCCUUCGAGGGAAAUGAUCUUCAUGGACCGGCGAUGGUAACCAUAAUUGAGCUCCUACAGCUGAUUUCGACAGUAGUGUACAACCCUUUGAGAGACUUUCCUAGAUUGUACCAGGCUCUACACGAGUUGAAUCAGGGCGAGUCUGGCACGCUCAGAGCAUUCAAGACCGAGCUCAUAGGACCUCUUGAACACUCUCCGAGCGCACACUGCGCGACAGCUGGCCCGUUCUCCCCAGCCUGCAUCACCACCGCGAGAGAGAUCGCCGGGAUGGGUAUCACGUGUUCGGACGGCACGUCGCGUCUCAACGACACCAAAGAGACUUUCCGCGAAUAUGCUGAGGAGAUCAUGGCGCAAAGUACGCUCAUAGGGUCGGUGUGGGCUCAAAUUACGCUCGUCUGCACUGCAUGGCAUGCUCGGCCAUGCUGGAGGUAUGAAGGCAACUUCACUGCGAAGACUGCACAUCCGCUGCUCUUCGUUGGCAACACACUCGAUCCUGUGACACCACUCAGACACGCAUUCAUGAUGGCCGGGGGCUUUGAAGGAGCCGGUGUGUUACAACAGAAUUGCGAAGGACACGGCACGUACGCUUCCCCCUCCAUGUGUUCUGGGAGGGCGCUCCGACGGUAUUUCCAGACGGGCCGAUUGCCUGGGUCGCCGGGAGAGCUGGCGGAUUGGGCUGGGCAUGGUGCUUUGUGUGAGCCGGACAGGCGACCAUUCGAUGGAUACGAGCCGGGAACAAUGCCGGCUUUACCGCACGGCGAACAUGAUGAAGCGCUUUGGGAGGCGCUCGUGACGUUGAAUCAAGUAUGGCCGUGAAGGGCCAGGCGUGGUGCCGUAGGUCAAGAUAAGGUACAUGAGCAGAUGAAGUACUCGAGUCUUCCGAGGCAAACGACGGGCCAAAAGUCGGGGGAGCCUCCUACGUCAACCUGGCCAGUCGCCUUUCCCCA